GACUUUACUCAGCUUACACUUGCAAAGUUAAAAACAGAGUGUUUAUCAGGUUGUUUGCUGAAAUACUCUGCGACUAACCUAGCUUCCCUCCGCGUUGUUAUUUUACUCUUCCCAUCCGUAACCCCUUAUUAUUCCCCUCACUGGUUCUUCGAGCUCUUUGUAAUUCAGUUAAAUUAUUUGUUUGGUGUUUUCUGCAGUUGAUACCGUGCAGCACAACAAAGGUUUAUCCCUACCAGCACGUAGCAUUUGUCGAAAGACUGCUACACUAAAUAUCUUGUUCUGCAGACGUUUGGCUUGCUAUUUUUUUUUGUUUUUGUUUUUUUGGGGGGGGGGGUAUUUGUUGCAGCUGAAGCUUGACAGGAGGAGCUCACCGUAAGGAUUUUUAAUCGAGCAUUUGGAGAGCGCCAUGGCGACCGAAGUGGAUACGUGGUCCUUGGCUCCAAAAGCUGACGGUCUGUGCUGUGAGGAGUGCAGAUUUAGAGCCCCACCUGUGAGAGCAUUUCCAAACUCCUUGGGGGUGUUCUCUUUCGACGACAACCUGGCAGAUGCUAACCAUCCCUACACCGUUGACGAUGACUUGCUGAACGAGGCGGAGGUGAACGGUAACUGGACGCCUCAGGAGAAAGCACUCCACGAGGCACGACUCAAAGCCAAAGCCAAGCGUCGCCUGCGCAAGUCCUCCUCCCGCAACUCCACCAGCGAGUCUUUCUCUGAGUCAGGAGAAUUGUCUGGAAGUGACCCACACAGCCCAAAGGGCAAAGUCAACACCAGUGACCGCAAAUCCAGGACGGGCAAAGGCAGAGGCCUGCCAAAAAAAGGUGGGGCAGGUGGUAAAGGAGUUUGGGGGGCUGCUGGGAUGGUUUAUGAAGAUGAGGAACCUGAUAUGCGGGACCCUAACUACGAUGAGUCUGCUCAGGGGGACACAGUUUAUGCAACAGUUGUGCCAGAGGUAGAUGAGAAGGAACUGGAAAAAAUGGUCAACCCAAUUGUACAGGAGUACUUUGAACAUGGAGACACAAAAGAGGUCCAGAUGUUGCUGAAGGGGCUCAACCUGGGCCAACAUAAGUACGAGUUCUCCUCCCUGGCUGUGUCCCUGUCUCUCGAAGGCAAGGCCAGCCACAGAGAGCUGACCUCCCGCCUGCUGUCUGAUCUGUCGGGCAAGAUGCUGUCACAAAGUGAAAUGGCACGUGCCUUCGACAAGAUACUGAAAGAGCUGCCAGACCUCAUACUGGACACACCGGAGGCUCCACAGAUGUUAGGCCAGUUUAUAGCCAGAGCCAUAGCGGACCACGUCCUCCCAAUGUCAUUCCUGGACUUUUACAAGGGCAAAGUGGACUGUGAUCAUGCCAGAGUGGCUUUAGACCGUGCCGAAGUGCUGCUGAACAUGAAGAGGGAGAUGGUUCGUCUAGAUAAUGUGUGGGGUGUGGGUGGAGGCCUGAGACCUGUCAAACAUCUCGUCAAAGAGAUGAACCUCCUGCUCAAGGAGUACCUGAUAUCAGGAGACGUGUCGGAGGCAGAGCACUGUCUGCGGGACCUGGAAGUCCCACACUUCCACCAUGAGCUGGUCUAUGAGGCUGUAGUGAUGGUGCUGGAGUCAAAAGGAGACACUGCUAGUCAUAUGAUGAUAAAGCUGCUGCAGUCCUUCUGGAAAACAGGCCUCAUCACUGUGGAUCAGAUGAACCGGGGUUUCCAGCGUGUCUAUGACGAGCUCCCAGAAAUCAACCUUGACGUGCCACACGCCCAUUCUAUCAUGGAGACCUUUGUGGACCUCUGCUACCAAGAGUCUGUCAUCACCAAACAGCUGAGGGAUGCCUGUCCAGCCAGAGGACGGAAGCGUUUUGUAAGUGAAGGAGAUGGAGGAGCGAUCAAGAACUAAUCCACAGGAGGAAGAGCAGAUUAGGAGGCGGAGGAGGGGUGUCUACAGGUUCUUACCCCCGGUUUCCGCUCCAGCAUGUUUUCCCCUGGAUACGGCAUGCUGGCAGUCUAAAGUUUCCUCGUUCCUCUCCUGAUAAUGUUUUCAUUACACAAACCAGCAUUGAAGUUCGGUGAAAGUAGACUGAAGAGUCGCCCAGGCGUUCAGUUCUAAACAUCUUGUUGUUUGCUGUUUUAGACAUUUUUUUGUAAAAAAAAAAACUUUAUUUCUGGGGUUGAUGUGCCCCUCUUGGCUCAGUCUUUGUACCUGUUUCUCAAGAAUAAUUUGAGUCAAAGCUGCAUAAAGACAUGCUGGACAGGCUGGGGUGUGUGGGAGAUGAACUUGAUGGUUUGUCUCUUGCUUUGCUUCAGCUGUUGCCAUGUCUCCAUUUUCUCCAUGUAAAGCGCUAUAAAUGAAAAUAGCACUUGAAAGACAUACAGGAUACUGUUGAGUAAGCACUUAGGUUUAGAUCCUUGUUGAGCUAAAUUACUUUCUAUUUUCAGCCACAAAUUAUUUCAGGGACAACAAGCUUUGUACCAUCGGGUUCAAGUGGUUAUAUUGAUCCUUAAUGAACAGAGUUUAUUGUUCGUAUUUUUUAUUUUUUUGCAUCUUGGUCUCUGAGGCCAAAUGUUUAUUUUAUAAAGCAAAGCAGUCGAAGCAAGAUGUUUUUUUUUUUUUUUUUGCACUAUUUGGGUGGUUAUUUGAAACUUGCAUUAGGGCAUAUAUACUUUGGAAGCCCUUUUCUGAAAAAAAAAAAAUAAUAAAUAAAUUGGGGAAAAAAAAUGAGAAUGCAAUCUUUUGAGCACUAUGCUUGCAAUUAAUGAAUAUACAGCUCACAUGGCCAGAAAUGGAUUUUGGACAGGUAACCUUAAGCCAGACCUUCUGUAGAGAGCAGAAGUAAUCUGGAAAUUGUCUUAAACUUGUUUAACCGUCUAAUAUGUCUGUGAAAUGGCCACCACAGCUUUUCUUGGAAGACUAUAUGUUAAGUAUAUACAUAUUCUUUUCUGCCACUGUCUGUAACAGUUUUUCAUGUUGACGGAAGUAAAAGAUGUGGCUGAGAAAUAUAUUUCGUUCAUUAAAAAGCAACAAAAUGAAGUGUCUGUAUUCCUUUUUUUGUCAUGCCAGCAGUAUUGAUGAAAGAAUAACUAGCAGUAAGUGAUUGGGCAAGUGUGGUGGAUAUGUACAUCAAUCACAUUUGUUGAUCAGUCAUCAGUUGUGAUGCUUAAUGUAUAUUUCAACCAUGUCUUUAACAUGUACCUGUCUCAUUUCCCAUCUUUCUCUAUGACCUAUGGUCAACUUAAACCUGUAACCAAAAAAGUGGUUUGAGGCCAAAGCUUGACUUUUUUUUUUCUCUGACUCUUGACCUCAUUUAUGGUACAUUACUGGCUAUGUGUCAUAGCAGAGCUUUAUUAUGCUUACUGUGUAAAUAAAGGGUUGAGGGUAAUAAUGUUGGUUCAAAUUUAGAAACAUGUAAUUCAAAGGAUGUUCUCAUUCAUGCAUGCAGCUGUACACUGUCAAGAGGCUAUGCUUGUAUUCCUACAGUUAUGUUUGUACUAUGGAUUUAUUUUGGAUCAGCUGCUCACUAAACCCUCCCUUACUCAAGUAAAUCAUUUUAUACAUUUAAAUAAAAUUACAUAUUUCCCUCAA